UCUCUCUCUAAUAAUGGCCGUUCGUCGGCGACCCCCAAACCCACCCGCUGCCGGCGAACCCGCUAAAUCCCAGAAGCAAAACCUCAAGGCCUCCGACGCGCUUCCUCUGCCGCUCUACCUCACCAACGGCCUCUUCUUCACGCUCUUCUUCACCGUCGCCUACUUCCUCCUCCACAGGUGGCGCGAGAAGAUCCGCACGUCCACGCCGCUCCAUGUGCUGACGCUCUCGGAGAUCGCCGCCCUCUUCUCCCUCUUCGCCUCCGUCAUCUACCUCCUCGGCUUCUUCGGCAUUGACUUCGUCCAGUCUUUCGUCUCCCCCAACAACGCCCGCGCCCCCCACGACUCCUGGAAUGACGUCGUCGCCGUCGAACAACAGCCAAAAAAUGACGUCGUCCGGGGUGCCGGUCGGGUAUGUUCAGAUCCCGGUCGGAGUGGCCGGGCCGCUGCUGCUGGACGGCGAGGAGUUCACAGUGCCGAUGGCGACGACGGAGGGUUGUCUGGUGGCGAGCACCAAUAGGGGAUGCAAGGCCAUCCACGUGUCGGGCGGGGCCCAGAGCGUGGUUCUCAAGGACGGCAUGACCCGGGCGCCCGUUGUCAGGUUCAGCUCUGCCGCCAGAGCUGCCGAACUCAAGUUCUUCGUCGAGGACCCUCUCAACUUUGAUUCUCUCGCCGUCGUUUUCAACAGAUCUAGUAGAUUCGCAAGGCUUCAGAGGAUACAAUGCGCAGUAGCAGGGAAGAAUCUGUACAUGAGGUUUACUUGCAGCACUGGAGAUGCCAUGGGAAUGAACAUGGUCUCCAAAGGCGUCCAAAAUGUUCUAGAUUUCCUUCAAAGUGACUUCCUUGACAUGGAUAUCAUUGGCAUCUCUGGAAAUUUCUGCUCAGACAAGAAACCAGCAGCUGUAAAUUGGAUAGAAGGGAGAGGCAAAUCUGUGGUAUGUGAGGCAGUGAUCAGGGAAGAGGUGGUGAGGAAGGUGCUGAAGACGAAUGUGGCAGCCCUAGUGGAGCUUAACAUGCUCAAAAACCUUACUGGUUCUGCAAUGGCUGGUGCUCUUGGUGGAUUCAAUGCCCACGCCAGCAACAUUGUUUCUGCAAUUUACUUAGCCACUGGGCAGGACCCUGCUCAGAAUGUAGAGAGCUCUCACUGCAUCACCAUGAUGGAAGCCGUCAAUAAUGGCAAGGACCUUCAUGUCUCAGUCACCAUGCCUUCCAUUGAGGUGGGAACAGUUGGAGGAGGAACACAACUUGCAUCCCAAUCAGCCUGCUUGAACCUAUUAGGUGUGAAAGGAGCAAGCAAAGACUCUCCUGGUUCAAACUCAAGGAAAUUGGCCACCAUUGUAGCUGGCUCUGUCCUAGCAGGGGAGCUCUCACUCAUGUCAGCCCUGGCAGCUGGGCAGCUGGUCAAGAGCCACAUGAAAUACAACAGGUCUAGUAGGGAUGUCUCAAAACUUGCUUGCCCCAGCUAAAUAUGGAAAGAAUUAAAAACCAAACCCCCUUUGAAUCUUGAUGUAUGUAGCCAGCGAGAGAAAUUAAUUUAAGCUCACAAAAGGACACUUUUGGGGGUUGUGGGUUGGGGAGAGAACAUGCAUGGUGGGUGUGUCACAUGUGUUAGAGAAGAAUUUUUGCAUAUGGGGUGGGCAAUUUCAAUGGAAAAAAGAAAAUAAAAAAGAAAAAGAAAAAAGCCUCUGUGCAUGGUCUUUUUCUAAGAUGUACUGAGAGCCUGAAAUUAUGAAGUGUGGGUGGAGGCAGGAAACACAGAGAGAGAGAGAGAUCAUAGGAAAUGUUGGUUUUUAUAUCUUUGUGGUUGUGUAUGGCAGAUGAAGCCACUUGUGAGGAGCAAGAGGCCCCAGUAUCUUGUUGGUAGUAUUAGCUGGCUGGCGUUGUAAUCUUUGAUUAAAUUGUUUG